AUGGCCAUCAGGAAAUCAAACAAGCUGCCACAGGCUGCAGUUUUGAAGAAAAUUCUGAAAAAGUGCUCGAGUUUGGGUAAGAAAUACAGCUAUGACGACGAAGACUACUGCCUUCCCAUUGACGUACCAAAAGGACAUUUUGCAGUUUAUGUAGGAGAAAAUCGAACUCCAUACGUCGUACCAAUUUCUUUUUUGACUAAUCCCGAGUUUCAGUGGCUCCUUUGUUGCGGCGAGGAAGAAUUUGGCUUUGAUCACGACAUGGACAUUACUAUUCCUUGCGAAGAAAUGAUUUUCCGAUCACUAAUAUAA